AUGAAUUACGGUACAAUCCCCAAUGCGAAUUCUGGCGACGGCAAUUCAAGCGGCCCUAUCAAAAAAUCAACAUGUACUUCUAUAGCUGAAUUCCUCGAAUCCAGUGCCAUGCAAUGGAUUAUCUUAAUUGUGGUAACUGCGGGCAUGCUCGCUCUAAUGGGCAUAACCAUAAUCAAAUUUCAUCCGGAUGACACCUCCCUCAUCGGACUCUUAUCAAACUUGAUAUUCGUUAUCAACAUUGUGUUCCUAGUUGAAAUUUUUCUAAGAUUUAUCGUAUUUGGCCCAACCUACUUCUAUAAUGGAAAGUAUGGCCCUUUACAUGGUUUGGACGCUUUGGUGGUCCUUGCAACGUUCGGUCUCGUACUCUUCUUUGAGGAUAAAGAUAAAGAAAUGGUCGAAUUAUUAUUGUUGCUACGGUUGUGGCGUAUAAUUAAGAUAUGGAAUGUAGAAGGGAUCGACUACAUCAAAAAAUCCGAACCCCCUGCUUUACAUGUUUUAUUCGUUAUGGAUCGAGGUGGCUCGAUGGGUGCUUCUGAUAUCACCCCGCAGAAAAAUUCUCGUAAUUACAACAACUUACGAACCUCUCAUAAUAAUCGCCUUGGAGCUGCGUAUGAUGCGGUUUAUUCAUUCAUGGAAACUCGAUUGCAAACAUUUCAAAAAAACACAGGAACUCCAUUGAUUGCUGGCCGGGAUAAAGUAUCGCUUAUUCUUUUCGAUGAUAAAGCAGAUGUAGCCAUUGACAACAAAAACAUGGAAAUCAAUUUACUCUUCGAAAAGAUGCUUGAAUAUAAAGCCACAAAAGGCCGCUCCGAUUAUAAUGUCGCCAUUAAUAAAGUAGACGAACUUGUCACCAAAAAUUUUGAUGUCACAAGGCUAAACGUUGUAAUCUUUUUCUCGGAUGGGGAAGUGGAAUUGUCUGAAUUCAACAAUUUGGACUCGAUUUGUAAACGCAAUGCCGAAAAAAGUUUUCCGUUAUACUUCUAUACUGUCCAUUUUGGUCCAGAUACCGGAAGCGAUACUUUGGAAAUGAUGUCCAACGUCGCUAAAUCAUAUAACCCACAGGGACCCUUAUCCUCUCAGUUUACAAUUGUCAUGGACGAGGUUAUGUUAAACAACCUUCUCAUUAGGAUGGCGAUCGCUUUACGAGAUCUUAAUGCGGCAAUGCGAGAGAUACGUUGGUGGAUAGUUCAGUUAACUUUAUUUGCUCAUACCUUGAUUGAUGAUCCAUUGGAUGAACAUUUAACCCCGUAUAAAAGAGAACGAAAUGAAAGAAUUCCAGUUGCACUUAAACGACUUCAUAAUUCUAAAUCUGUAUCGAAAGAAUUUUUGGAUGAGCUUAAAGCACAUCAUAGAUGUGCAACAUAUGGGAUGCGAUUUCUCAAAUGUUAUGGAAUUAGUAGACAUCCAGAAAAAAAUGAUUUGGUCAUGGUUAUGCAAUUCGCCAAAGGUGGUAACCUUCGUCGAUAUUUACAAAAAAAUCCAGACCUUGAUUGGCAAAAAAAAUUAGACAUCUUGCACUUUAUUGUUCAUGAUCUUGAAGCACUUCAUAAUGCAGGAUUAGUACACAGAGAUUUUCAUAGCGGAAACGUUAUUAUGCGUGGUACUUGGGCAUAUUUAAGUGACCUUGGAUUAAGUAGUCCAGUUAAGAGAGACGUUUCAAAAGAAGUUAUUUAUGGUAUUAUGCAAUAUAUCGCACCGGAAGUUUUAAGAGGAAAACAUUAUACACCCGAAGCUGAUAUUUAUAGUUUUGGUAUUAUACUGGCUGAAAUAGCAUAUACGGAUAAAGCCUUUUUUCAUGCAAAAAGAGAUGAAAUAUUGGCCAUAUAUAUUAUUAAACAUAAUAGACGUCCUAAAGUACCAGAAGGAACACCAAAUUGUUAUCGUGAUUUAAUGGAAAGGUGUUGGGAUAGUAAUAAGGAUAAACGGCCUAAAGUUCAUAAAAUCAAAUCCAUUCUGGAUCAAUGGCGUCAUAAUCCUCCCUAUAGUGUUCUUCAAGAAUUUAGAGAAAGUGAUAAAUUACCUAAGACGCUUCCUACUGAUGAAGAAGCUGCUACUAAUGAACCUGCUCACAAUGCUGUUCCUAUACAUACUAAAGCGAUUAACACUGCUAUGGGAAUCGAAACUUCUGUUAGAAAUCAUGACGAAUUUCAAAGACAAUCUAAUCUAUAUACUGGAACCUCUAUUGUAGAUCCGGGAAUGACAAGGUAA